AUGAAUUCAAAAUUAUUGAUAGCACUUUCUUUGAUCUCAAUUAUUUCAAUUGGAGCUUUUGCAGUUUACUCUUUUAACGGAGAUUUAGAAAUGGGUAGAAAUCAAACUACAGUUUUCUAAUGGUUCUCUUGCUUUACUAAAAACACAUAAGCUUAGUGUGAUGAUUUAAAAGAUGAAUUAGAAAAGACUCUUUGUUUUGCCGCUGCUCACGCUAUUGGUGACUUCACCUAUGAAGGUUCUCCCCUUGCAAUCGAACCAUGCUAAUAGUUCCACAAAUUCCUUAACCAAGCAAAUACCACUGAUGUCCUCAAUACUGGAAAUUACUAUUAGAACUGCUACAUGAAUGUCACUAUUCUUAAGGCUGCCUAUUAAAGUUAUUACUUUAACAACACUAUUUACUAUCCUUAAUACAUUCGUUGUGCCGGGUUUUGA